AUGAUCAAAGAUGAUGAUGAAAAGCUCAGGCUUGACGAACUCAUUUAUACGGCGAAUGCGUCGACUAGUGAAGUGAGCAACACAAAGGAUGCUAACUAUUUACAAAAAAUGAAAUUAUAUGAGCCAAAGGAGGAAAAUGAUGCUCACAGCAGGGAUCAAAGGAAAAUUGAGGAAAAGAUCAUGUUUUCAGAGGAAGCUCCUCAGCCUAUUAAGGUGAAACAAGUUCAAGAGAAUGCGAAGUCUCGCUCCAAAAAUCGGUUUUUGGAGCUUUCCACGGACUUCGAUGAUGGCGAGUUGAAUAAUAGUCAGAUUGUUAUCAAGUCCAUCUACAAGCCUCAACGUACUAAUUUUUUUACUCGAAUAACUGGAGGUACUUUUAAUGCAUCGACUAAGCGAAAAUACGCUCCUUCCGACAUUUCGGAAAUUAUUGCAGCUGAAGAUAUGGAGAAUACAAACCUGUCUGAAAAGACAAACGGGGAAGAUGAGAUUGAAUCAAUUGGUCCUUCUUCAUUGAAGGAUCAAAAACAACAUUUGGAGGAAAAUAGUGUGUCAUCUGAAGAGGAGGAUGACAUUUCAGUGUCUAUUGACGGCUCUACACUCAUAAGUGGUCAAGCAGUACGUGAGCAUCGACCUCUUGCUGCAGAAGAUGAGAUUAUCUCAGAAGUGGUUAUUCACUCCGGUGAUAGCGAACCUGGAUUUGCAACGCUUAAUCCUGUUAUCGGUCUUGAUCAUGGCGCAUUUGUGGCUCCAGCAUCUUCGGGAGUUUCGAUCAAAAAGACAAGCCCUAUUCUUGUAGAAAUUCCUGUCGCUGAGAAAAAAGAUACCGACCGGGAUCAAUUUCUACUGAUAGUUCAUGUGCUUGGAGCAACUGGGCUCCCGAAAGUUGAAAAAUUCGGAACACAGUCUUGUUAUCUCGAAAUGAUGAUGUUUGACAGCUCAGCUAUGCAUGGCAGUACUUCUCCUUCCAGUUGGACUUCAAACUUGCUGCGAACGGAGUUACACAAAAAAUGUGGCAGCGAGGCUCAAUGGAAUCAACAAUUUAGCACACCCUUGCACUCGAAAGACGCGCAGCUUCUUCAUGUGAGAGUGAAAACUGAUAACAAAAUCUUGGUGGGCGAAACAAAUAUAUCUUUGGUCAAUGUGGGAGAACUUUUUUAUGACCAACAUUACUUUUUGUUUCGGAAUGACGAAAUUAAAGAUAGCAAAGGUGACUUAGGACUUGUUGCUGCUGGAAAAGUUCAUCUUCAGCUGAAAAUUUUAAACACGCUGUCGAUGCCCACUGCAGGGAUUCCUAUUUUGCAAUUAUCUAAUAUAUCGAAUCAGCAGAUCAGCCGGUCAAGUAUAAUAAGCGCAAAGUCAAUACCUGCCGUUCUUCUAAAUGGGAGCCUCUUUUAUAAAAUUCCUUAUCACACACGCAGCAUCAUUGGUCGUCAUAUUGAACCCCGUCGUCAAUGGGUUGCUGUGAGAAGAGCUAUGGACCCACCACACAUACAAAUAACCUGGGGAGACCCAACGCUGUCAGGGGUUACCGCAAGAAAAAAUCUGCGCUCUCUAGAUUUAGCUCUGGUGACAGAAAUUUGUGAAGGUCACAAAACUGCCGCUUUCACAGCUCAAUCUGAAAGCAGUGUGGCGAAAGAAGAAGAAAAAUGUUUUUCACUGAUGAUGCAAGCCAGAACGCUUGAUUUAGUGGCCGCCAGCAAAGAGGAAGCACGAAUUUGGAUUUCUAGUCUUCGUGAGCUUAUAUCCGCAUCCGGUUCAUCGAACGAUGCUAGCUUAGCGUCAGCGCGCACGAUCGAAGGCUUCAAAAAAUCUGCAAUCAUAUCUAAAGGACGAGACGGUAACGUAAGUGGCAAAUUGAUUGCUGCACCUACAAAUAAGCGCAUGUUAGCAGGUUGGAGAAAUCGAAUUUUUGACCUUGCUCGCAAUGACCGACUCGACGAAAUUUUGGAAUGUCUAGAAGAUGGGUGUCCUAUUGACCUGCUUGAAGGUGGGACCGGCGAUACGUUGUUAAUACUGGCCUGUCGAAGAGGAGAUGCUGAGCUGGUGGAGCUGUGUCUGUCACGGAGAGCACGAAAUGACCCUCACCCAGAGUUUGGGGAAACAGCUUUACAAGUCGCAGUGAACUCUUCACAAGCUCACUGCGUCGGACUCCUUCUUUCGACAGCUGCAAAAAGUGACAUGGACUCGGAGAUCGUAAAUCACAUCGAUUCUAACAACGACGCGCCACUACACGUAGCUGCACGCCACGGGGACUUAGCGUGCUUGCAACUGUUGCUCCACCAUGGUGCUGAUAUUUGUGUCGUAGAGGAAUUGGGUCGUACUCCAUUGCAUUGUGCGGUAGCAAAUGGAAAUUUGGAAUGUGUGGCAUACUUUCUGGAUGUUGGUGGGGACUCUGUCUUGAACUCAGGAGACCACGACGGUGAGACAGCAUUACAUUAUGCAGCGCGAUCAGGAAACGAGGCUAUGGUUACACUGUUGUUAGAAAGUGCAGCUAAUGUUCACGCUUACAAUGUGCAGGGUGAAAGUGCAUACGAUGUAGCGGUCCGCGAACAGCAGCGGCAAUGCGCCGAACUUAUUUCAAAAUAUUCGAAUUUGAGUGAAAAAGUUCAUUGCGCUUCUGCCACUCGCAACGAAUCGGCAUCAACGCUGCUCAAGCGAUCACCAACAUGCGCUCAUACUGAAACUGCAGUACAACACAAAGGGGUAAAAUACGAACAUGAGAUACGAUCAGCAAUGCAUCGAUCGUUUGAUGUUGCUUCGCAUGAAAAUUUUACAAGUCAGCUGCCAUUAUCUCCUAGUGAGCGUGUUCGAGAUGCUUUAAGGAGGAAAAGUCAUGCAGGCUUGUUAACACCAAGAAGACUAUCGCAGUCGUGGUCUGAUGGUGCUCAUUCCUCGUACAACGAGCAAUGCGUAGAACAGUCUCCACGCAAUCAUUCUCAACCCUACAAACAAAACGUAGUUCAAAGUGAUCAGCACUAUGAGCCCUGGAGUUAUUAUCGGGAAAAUAGUCGCUUAUCUCAGUAUAGCACGCAAACAGGAGUUUUAGAAUGUGCGCAGCCAUCGCAAGCUUACUGUUCGCUGAGUACACCGAUGCCUGGUGUUCAUAAGAGCAUGAUCUCAUUUCGUCAGCAUAUUCCGCAUUCACAGGAAGAUUCGCAUUGGGACACACUUUACACUGAAGACGGUUACCCGUACUAUGUGAAUAAAUUUACUAGUGUAUCGCAAUGGGAAAAUCCUUUUGAAGAUAACACUCAAGGUGGCUACGUGUCCCGAGAAACGCUUUUGAAUACAGGAGUAGACACAUUCGCUCCAGAUGCAAUCAUACGGCUACGUUUAGCGGAAGCUCGAAAGCGAAAUUCUCAGCCAGCUCCUCUGUCCCUUGACAGCUCCUUGACAGCUUACCGAGAAACACCCGCCGUAGAAAAAUCGCUACCAGCUGCAAUACACCUCACUGAAGUAAGAGGCUACAAAGGACAAGCCGAUGAGGAGGGUAGGCAAGCAACCAUAUAUCCUGUAGAACUGCUUUCAUCAGAUAGAGAGACGCAGGUUACUCCUGUCAAUACUGAGGCAAUCAUUACGCAAAGACAACAGGAAAUGUCGCUUUCCGAGCCGUCAAAGUAUGAGGCUCGAACAGGUUUGAAGAUUUCGGUAGAUGUAGCGGCCCCUGUAGCCCAAGAUGUAUCUCGACCUGUGCUAGUCCCAUCACCUCGUUCAAUAAGCCCAACCAAGAAAUUUCUGGAAGAAGCCAACGAUGAUAAUGUUAGCAGCUCUUUUGAAAAGUCACGAGCAUCUUCUCCACGAGGUCGGUCCAAGAAUAUUCAGAUAAUCGAGCCAAAACGUGCAAACAACCUUGCACUCGCGCUUACAAGUUUUAAAAUACAUGAUCACUACGAGCAGAUCGUAGAUGACAUCGUAACAAUGGAUGAACGUGUAGUGAAUGCAGCAUUGUUGGGAUGCCUUCAACGAUUUUUCCCGACUGAAAAAGAGAAGCAUGCUCUGCAGAAUUUCCAAGGAUCGGUGAAUACCCUUGGCAAAGCAGAGCGCUUUUUUUGCUUGUUGUUUCAGAUUUCUGGAAUGCAGGAACGCAUCGACAUGUUUUUAUACAAGAUCGAAUUUGAUCGUGUGCGCACAACCUUGUUAACUCGAAUUCUUGUCGUAAAGCGAGCUUGUCGGGAUCUUGUAGAAAAUUAUUCGCUUAUCCAGGCGCUGGAACGGUUUUUUAAAAAGCAGAGCCUCAUUUCGUUCUCGAUCUUCGAAGAUAAUAAAUCGAUGUUUCAAUCGACAUUCCUUUCCGAAGUGGACGAAAAGUUGAAUUCGUUUCGAGGUGAUCUUGAAAAAGCAAUGUGCGUGGAGUUAGUGGAUUUGCAACUGCAGCUUAAUCGCUUCGUGGCUGGUAUUCGACCCAUCCAGUCAUUUAUAAACAAAAGUCCAUCAGGUUCGGCUCCAUCAGAAUUACGUGACGGCAAGGCCCGGGAUAUUUUGCAACGCUUUCUCGCGGAGGUACGAACUCAACUUAUUGAAGUUGAACUUGAGUUUGAGUCCAUGGAAAAUUGGGGAGACAAGCUGCUGGCUGUGUUUGGAGAGAGCAAGGCGACAUGCAAAAUCUCGACAAUCAUGCGAGCUAUUGUUGAGCUUUUGUAA